AUGUCAAUGUCUGAUGAAAGACCAGGUCGAGCCAUUUACUCCACUGGUCGAGGAGGCGCCGGUAAUCUCAUGCAAUCACCUUCAAGAGGUCAGGAUUUAGAAGCUGCUCCUGGUGUCGAAAGAGGAAGGGAACUAUCUCCUCAUCCCGUUGGUGAAAAAGUCGUGCAUUCCGGACGAGGUGGAGCAGGAAACAUUCAUCGAUCAACUUCUCGUUCUCGAACAAGGGAACAAGUUGUCAAAGAUGAGAAAGAAGCGGCAUUACAAGAAAAGUUGGUCGCCGAAAGAAGAGGUAGACAAGCUGUCGAAGGAGGAUUUUCAACUGGUCGAGGAGGUGCAGGAAAUAUUGAAAGAUCAAAAUCAAGAUCCAGAAGUGCAGUAAGACAUGGAAAAGAUGAUUCUUCGACUAUCGCUCCUUCCUUGGCACCUACCAUCAGUCAUUCAAUUCAUGCUACAGGAAGAGGUGGAUUCGGUAACAUCCAAGAAGAAAGAGGUGAUUCUAUCGAUCUUCAGAAGCAAGCCGCACAAAAUGCUUAUGAACAAGAUGUAAUUGCCAAACAUCAUGCACAAGAAGCGAAUCUGCCUCAUUUGACCGGAAAAGGUGGAGCUGGAAAUGUCCACCAUGGUCUUACCGCCGAUAGCCCUGACCUCUCGCAUCUUUCUUUGGAAGAAAGAGAAGAAAGAGAAGCUUAUAAGAAAAUUCAUGCAAACGACAAACAGCAUUAUAUGAAUAGCGGUAGAGGUGGCGCAGGAAACAUGGUACCACCCAGCAAAGAGCAUUCGCAUUCACCCUCUGGAGAUGACGAUAGAGGUAGGGGCAGAGGCUCAGAUGGUCAUAAAGGUGGAGUACUUGGAAAUGUGUUGCGAAGUAUCAGUAGAGCUACAGGAAGAGACAAGAGUGUGGAUGGUAGAAAAGAGUAG